CACAAAUUUUAAACCCCGAGUCUUGAACAUUGGGUUUUUAGUUCUACGGCGAAAGUUUCCCGGGACUCACUGCGCCAAAUCGCCCGCCACCUUCUUCUUGCUUCCGCUCCGCGAUUUGGGUUUCUGAAAACGCGUUUCAGUAAUUCUUUUCUACGUGGUUGGUAGGGCCUAGGUGGUUAUGGUUUCUGUUGGUUCGAGAGCUUUAACAUCGAGAAGACAUAAAACCUGUAUUGUACCUGAAGACCAUUUAAUGGGUGAAGAUAAAUUAGCGCAUAAAAGCGGGAGAAAGAAAAAUACCAUGAACAGGAAGGCUGAACGUGGAGGUCAUGGUUUUGAUGAGAAUAACACCCACAAGAAGGCUUCUGGGACGGAUGGUGGAAGGCCGAACUCCAAUAAAAAGUUCACCGACAGCAAAAGUAUAUCUGCACCACAAAGUUCGCUCAUUAGGAAACAGGUUGAUCCUGAAACAACAAAAUACUUCACAGAGAUUUCCAAUUUACUUGAAAGUGAUAAUGUUGACUUUGAAGAACGAUCAGUUAUUUGUGGCAAUGCUCUAGAGGAAGCUGUAGGGAAAGAAUUUGAACUUGCCACAGAUUAUAUCAUAAGUCACACUAUGCAAAGCCUUCUUGAAGGCUGUAAUGUUGAAGCCCUUUGUAAUUUCCUCCACAGUUGCGCCAAUCAAUUUCCAUUCAUUGCAAUGGAUAGAUCCGGCUCACAUGUUGCUGAAACAGCUAUCAAGUCUUUAGCUAUGCACCUACAAGAUGAAGACGUUUAUCCUCUGGUUGAAGAUACUUUAACGGCCAUAUGUAAGGAAAUUGUAGCAAACUCUCUAGAUGUGAUGUGUAACUGUCAAGGUUCCCAUGUUCUUCGAAGUCUUCUCCAUCUUUGCAAAGGAGUGCCUCCAGAGUCUUCAGAGCGGCUGAAUGUCAAGGCACCUCGUUUUAAUGGAGAUCAUGGGUUCCAUAUUCAACGAGGUUUCCCAGAUUUACUGAAGUCGCUUAUCUCUGGGAUGCUGAAAGGUGCAAGAAAGGAUGUCAGGAUCGUGCAAGUUGAUCAGUACGGCAGUUUGGUUAUUCAGACUAUUCUGAAGUUGUUGGUGGGACAAGAUGAAGAGCUGAGGCAUAUAAUUCCCAUCCUUCUUGGCUGUAGUGAAAAAGAUGUCUUGGAAGGAAAUUAUGUACAAAUAUCUGUUGUUCCAGAUGUUGUGGAUUUGAUGAAAGAAACUGCAUUCAGCCAUUUAAUGGAGGUGAUUUUGGAAGUGGCUCCAGAAAAUUUGUUCAAUGAACUUGUCACAAAAGUAUUCCAGAAUUCAUUGUUUGAGCUGUCAUCGGAUCCUUGUGGAAAUUUUGCUGUCCAAGCACUAAUUUCUCACCUAAAAUACAAAGAUCAAAUGGAGUUGGUAUGGUCUGAGAUUGGAACAAAGAUUAGAGAUCUUCUUGAAAUGGGAAGGUCAGGAGUUGUUGCUUCACUUAUUGCUACUAGUCAGAGGCUUCAAACACAUGAACAAAAGUGUUGUGAGGCUCUUGUUCGUGCUGUAUGUUCAACCAACGAAUCUCCAAAAUGUAUUGUUCCUCGAAUAUUGUUUAUCGACAGAUACUUCUUCUGCGAAGAUAAAGCCAAAUGGAAUUUUCCCAGUGGAGUAAAAAUGCAUGUCAGGGGUUCUCUAAUCCUGCAGGCAGUUUUUCGAUAUCGAACGGAACUGAUUCAACCUUACAUCACAAGUAUCACAUCAAUGGAAGACAACCAUGUCCUUGAAGUAGCAAAAGAUCCCAGUGGAUCUCGAGUUAUUGAAGCUUUCUUAAAUUCUGACGCCCCUGCUAAAUUAAAACGCAGAUUAAUUAUGAAGCUAAGGGGGCAUUUUGGAGAGCUUUCGAUGCAGUUAUCAAGUUCCUUUACAGUUGAAAAGUGCUAUAAUUUCAGUAACAUGUCUUUACGGGAGGCCAUUGUAUCUGAGUUGGUAGCUGUACGAUGCGAUCUCUCCAAAACGAAGCAAGGACCUCAUCUCUUGAGGACGUUGGAUGUUGAAGGGUUUGCAUCCCAACCUGACCAGUGGAGAUCAAAACAAGCAUCAAGGGAAUCAGUUUACAAAGAAUUUCACGAUACAUUUGGGUCUGGCAAGUCCAAAUCAUCGAAAGCCGAUGGCUUCCUUGCCGAUAAUUCAAAGUAUAGAUCACAUCCAAAGGACGUGAAGACCAUGCGGCAAGAGAUUGAGCAUCACACAACAUCUGGCAUACCCUUUCUAAAAAUGUCUGGCUUUAAGAACAAGUCAGAAAAAGGUAGGCACGGUGGUAAACAAUAUUCAAGAGCUUCCAUGGAUAUUGAUACCUCAGGAGGGAAAACAAAAACUUCCAAAAGGAAACGGAAUAAGGAUCAGUCCGAGAAAACUGCUUCUGGAAAAAGGAAACGAAAAAUGUAGCUAGGAACAAGAAAUGGUCCUUGUACUUGUACCCUGCAGAAGUUAGCACAAAUGCAUUGCCCGGAAGAGAGAAAAAUCUUCAAAGCUAAGCUAGCUAUAGAAAGUGUAGUGAGUUGUAGGUUAAGAGUUUUCACCAGGAUUAUCUAAUUUUAGCAACAGUCUUUUUUGGAGUUGGAGCAUAGAUUUUCAUGGGAAUGUAGAAGAAAGGAAAUGUUUUUCAAUUUUCAGUGGGGUGAGAGAAAGAUAUUUUGAUGGAGCAUAUACUAUACAAGAUCUUCCAAGUAAUCAGAGAAAUAUGAGAGAUGAGGACCUCGUGCAUUGUGUGGAAGAAGAAAUGGUCACAACAACUUAAUGUAGAAUCAAGUUAUGUACUGUCUUCCUCUAUUUAAUUUUGUUAAAUAUGCAACAUUUUCAGCUUUAUACUAUGUCUCCCAACCCAACUCAAUAAAAUCUUCAUUUCUCUUCA